AUGGCAACAACACUUGUCACAGAGUCGAAAGGCCCGGUGGCGGCCUCGGAUAGUGACACCCAAGAGGAUACCGCUGAACAGGUGGAUGGGGGAAUUCGCGCCUGGACCGUCGUCAUAGGAGCUUGGUGCUGUCUAUUUUGCGCCUUUGGUUGGGUCAAUGCCAUUGGGAUCUUUCAGGACUAUUAUCAGAGUAAUCAACUACAUUCCUACUCGUCAUCUAGCAUCUCCUGGAUCUUAUCCCUGGAGCCGUUUGUACUCUUUGCGGCUGGACUUAUUAUUGGAAGAGUAUUCGACAAUUAUGGCCCCAAGUGGCUACUUCUGAUUGGAACAUUUCUUCAUGUCUUUGGCCUCAUGAUGACCUCCAUAUCCACUGAGUACUAUCAAUUUUUCCUGGCCCAGGGAAUUUGCAGCCCUCUCGGUGCAAGCUUUGUAUUCUCGCCAGCGCUCUCUUGUACCGCAACGUGGUUCGAGAAACGGCGUGCCUUAGCUUUUGGUAUUGUGUCCAGUGGAUCAUCACUUGGUGGAGUUAUUUUCCCCACCAUGUUGUCUCGGCUUUUGCCCACUAUCGGGUUUGGAUGGUCCCUACGUAUCUCUGGAUUUAUUGUCCUCGCACUAUUGCUAAUUGCCAACCUAACUAUCCGAUCAAGAAUCGUACCUAUCCCUCGGCCAGUUAAGUUGAGUGACUAUAUAAGUCCGUUUACGGAGGUACCUUUUGUUUUGUUGGUAUUAGCAUCCUGUUGUGGAUUUUUCGCUAUGUUUGUACCAAUUAAUUAUAUUGUGCUGGAGGCCCAGGAGGAUGGUGUGAGCCGCGAUAUAGCUGGUUACUUAUUAACUAUCCUUAAUGCUGCUAGUCUUCCAGGUCGAAUUCUACCAGGCUACCUCGGAGACAAAUUGGGUCGAUUCAACAUUAUGAUCGCUAUGUGUUCAUUGUCUGCAAUUGUGAUUCUCGCCCUGUGGCUUCCAGGUACUCUUCUCGCACCGGGGAGUGCGACUAUCUACAUUGUCUUUAGCACACUUUACGGGUUUGCAUCGGGCGCGUUUGUCGGUAUGGUGCCUGCCCUACUAGGUCAAAUCUCACCCGACGUGACCAAGAUUGGUGUACGCCAGGGAGUUUUGUUCACUUGCAUCAGUAUCGCAUCGCUCACCGGAAGCCCUAUUGCUGGAGCGAUUUUGAGUCAACAAAACGAGAUAUAUUGGGGAUUACAGGUAUGGGCGGGUGCAAUGAUGAUGGCAAGCGUAUUUUUCUUCACUAUGGCGAGAGUGGUUCUUGGAGGACUGUCUAUCACGAAAAAAGUUUGA